UUUGUUGUUGUGAACUUGUAUUUUACAAUUUUUUGAAGACAUAAGCCAAGAAAGUUUAUAGUUGUCUUUGAAAUGGAUAUUUGUGAAGAAAGAGACAAUACAAAACAAUGUUUCGCUAUACCAAGUCACGUAGUUGACAAACUAAAUGUUGUUUACAACGCCAGCAACUCGAUGGUAAUAUUGUGGAAUAGAUUUCAAAUAUUUGUGUAUGAAAAUUUAAACUUUGACCAAGUAGCAAUUAUAUUUGAGCCCGAGUUCCUGAUCCACGAAGUAUUUCUCACAAACAAUUAUUUAAUGUGUGUGGACUGCAGUGGGAAUGUUCACGUUACUUCUUUGAAGUUUAAAAAUCCUGCCCAAAAACGAUUUAAAAGUAAUUUCCAGGCCCGUGAACAGGACAUUGGGGUGUGCGCACUGCACAAACAAGAUUACGUAUUCAGUAUAAAAAUAGAAUUGGGGGUUUCAUAUUUGUUGCUGAAUCAUUUAUCAGCAGAUUUCCCCGUGUGUAACAAGGUCUUGCUAAAAUUCAACUCUCAGCCACCUCCUCUUUACAAAAUGCACGAAAAAGCCAUUUUGAAAAGCUAUGAAAUAACUGAGCAAGAUGCUGAAGUGCUACAGAGUAUUUUCAAAAAUGUACACAUAGAGAGAGGCUGUAACCUUAUGAUUAUUUCUUUUGAUGGUAUGACAGUCUACGGAGGCUUCUUCAGUGAGGGAUUACCAGAAGAUGAAACAUCCUUGAUACAACUACACUCCUGCCCCUCUGACAUCUGUGAUAUACAAAUAACUGGUGGCACAACUAUAAAAGUAGUCAUUGGACUCAAGUCUGGAACACUAAUUGUUCUGCCUUUUGAAUUAGGUCAGAGAAAACCACAAAUUAUUCAUCUAAAUGCCUCCAUUUUCAAGUUCUUUGCAUUCGACAACUCUGUCCUGUACACUGAUGGUGUAACAAUGUGGAAAAGUGAAAAUACAUAUACAAGUGAGAUUCAGUUCAGACAACUACAUUUGAAACUUUCCAGAGAUUUCAUAAAAUUUGGGGAUCAAGUUGUUUGUGUCACCUUCUCAAACAUUAUCUAUUUAUUUCAAAUAGAUGAUGAAAGUGUUUAUGUUAAGGUGUUCAGUGAGAAUGACUACAUUCCUAUAGAGAAAGUGGUACCCAAAUGCCAUCAGUUUGAUAAAAUAACCACAGAAUUGGUCAAAGCAACAAGAGUUGCAAAAGAAGCUGAAAUUGAGAGUAACUACAUAACAGCUAUGGCUCUCGCUAACAGACCAGAUGUUAUGCAAAAAGUGAUCCAGUACAAUGUAACUGUAUAUGAGGAUUAUGAAGAAGCCAUACCUAAAAACAACAAUGAUCUUAUUCUUUUAACAAACAAAAAAUGCGACUAUUAUGAUUCUGAAUCAGUUCUGUUCCUAAUCAAAGCAACACUAUUGGAACAAUUCAAAUUAAAUGAUGUAAUCUCAAGUCUUCUCAGAAAUCUAAAAUUGCAUGUAUCAUUUUGCAAUGAAGACAAACUACUAAAAACAGUCAGUGUUUCAAUACAAGAUAUAGUGAAACAGAUGAAUAUCCUAAUUCCUCUGAGGGUUGGAAAUAUAACUAGUGUCACACUUAAAAUCAAUUUAGUACCAUGCAUGCCUGGAGCAUUAGAUAUCAACCAACAAAUAUUCAUUGUUCUAUCAAAAAGGGAGGUGAAAUUCAAUUCCGAACAUUUUUUUAAGAGUAGCCCAUAUUCUAGAAAUGUUAUCUGUCUACAAGAUUCACAAAUCAGUGCUGAAGAUGCAAUUUUAAGAUUUGCAAAAAGUAAAUAUGGUGAUAAAUUUAACAUCAUGGAGAUCCAGAAACAGACGGAAGCAACAGAGUGGACCUUCUAUGUAAAACUUCCACAGAAUUAUAGCUCAAGACUGAAAAAUAAGGAAAUAUACUACAACAUUUUCAAUGAGGCAAAAGCGGAAUUCCUAUACAAGAAGCUGUCCUCAGAUAACUUUAUUCAGUCAAGAAAUCCAGUGUUACUUGAAGUUCACAAUCAUAAAGUGAAACUACAAAUGAAGGCUGACCAGUUCUUAGGGGACUUGCUGAAAGUCUCAAGUGAGGAUAUGCAAGUGGCUCAGGAUUUCAGGAAUUUUAUGUCCAACAUUCUGUAUGGGACAUAUGAAAUGCAAGAUUCUCCCAGUUUUUUCAUUCCACAAUCACAAUAUGCUGUUAUUGAGGGCCUCCAAAGAUCUCUCCGCAGUUGUCUCGAGAGCCUUACAGAAGAUGAAGACAGGAUACGCGAGUUGGCUGAUCAGUUCCAAAAGAAUGUCAUUGGUGGUCUUCCAUUUUAGAACAGUUGUUCAACUAAUGAUCCACUGUUGUCACUUGGUUAAUUAUUUAUGUAUAAGUUUAACACCCACCGUUAUCGAUAAGUGUAAAUAAUCUAAGGUUUAUGUAUAGUAUAGUUUAAGAUCAUAUGGAUCUGAGAAUUAAGUUAUUCCAUUGCUGUGAUAAAGUACGUACUUUCUUAUUUUUGUGUGAAAUAUACUUUAAUUUUUUU